AUGUGCUUCUGGACAAAGCUUCCGGUAUUUUGGGUGCCAUUGUUCCUUCUCCUCAGCCUUGUUCCCUCUGCUGAGACAGAAAGACCCUCGACCCAGGACAGCGGCAGCACUUGGAGUCCAGGCCACCUGACGGAAGUGCUACGAGCUCUCUCUGCUGGCGAUCCCCCACCCCUGAACCACUCUGGAAGCCUCCUCAAGACACUGAUGGAGAAAACUGGCUGCCCACGGAGGACAAACGGAAUGCAAGGAGAUUGCCAUCUGUGCUUUGAACCAGAUGCCCUGUUGCUAAUAGCUGGAGGAGAGUUUGAGGAUCAGCUCAGAGAAGAAGUGGUCCAGAGAGUGUCUCUUCUCCUCCUCUUUUACAUCAUUCAUCAGGAAGAGAUCUGUUCUUCUAAGCUCAACAUGAGUAAUAAAGAGUAUAAAUUUUACCUGCACAGCCUCCUCAGCCUCAGGCAGGAUGAAGACUCCUAUUUCCUUUCACAGAAUGAGACGGAAGAUAUCUUGGCGUUCACCAGGCAGUACUUUGACACCUCUCGAAGUCAGUGUAUGGACACCAAAAUGCUCCAGAAAAAGUCUGGAAUACUGAGCGGGGAUGGCGCUGAUGAAAACACACUCCCUCGGUUGGCAGCGACGAUCAUCACUUUGUCCCUCCAAGGUGUUUGUCUGGGGCAAAGAACCUUGCCGUCUCCAGACUAUUUUACGGAAUAUAUUUUCAGUUUUUUGAAUAGUACAAAUACUCUCCACCUGUCAGAACUAGACCAACUCCUCAACACUCUCUGGACCAAAAGUACCUGUAUCCGAACAGAUAAAAUCCAUCGCCUUGAAAGGAAACAAAACAACCUAACAAUCUAUGACUGGGGAUACCCUAAUCUAUCUGUAUCCAUGGACCAAGAGUCAGAAGACAGUUCAGUUUCCUGGGAUAAGACUUGCUUCUCUGCCGGGCAGCUGGUGGAGAUAUUUCUACAGAAUAGCCUUUCACCCAUUUCGAAGGAAGACUUUCAACAAAUGAGUCCGGGAAUCAUCCAGCAAUUGCUCAGCUGUUCUUGCCAGCUGCCCGAGAACCAACACGCAAAGCUCCCACCAACCACUCUGGAGAAAUAUGGCUACAGCACAGUGGCCGUGGCCCUGCUCACACUAGGCUCCAUGCUUGGGACAACGCUGAUUCUGUUCCACAACUGUGAGGAGAACUACAGGCUUAUUUUACAGCUGUUUGUGGGUCUGGCCGUCGGGACGCUUUCCGGGGAUGCUCUGCUCCACCUCAUCCCUCAGGUUCUUGGUUUACACGAGCAGGAAGGCUCAGAGUUUGGACAUGUCCAUGAGAGCAAAGGUCAUAUUUGGAAACUGUUAGGACUAAUUGGAGGCAUCCAUGGAUUUUUCUUGAUCGAAAAAUGUUUUAUUCUUCUUGUAUCACCAAAUACCAAGCAGGGCAUGUCAUUGGUUAAUGGGCAUGUGGAACAUUCCCACCAUCUUGCACUCAACUCCGAAUUAUGUGACCAGUCAGGCAGAGGCAAAUCUGCUUCCACUAUCCCCUUGAAAGGCCCAGAAGAUUCACAGGCAGCUGAAAUUCCUGUAGGCAGUAUGACAGCCUCCAACAGCAAAUGCAAAACCAUUAGCUUGUUAGCAAUCAUGAUACUGGUUGGGGACAGCCUGCAUAAUUUUGCAGAUGGCCUCGUGAUAGGAGCUGCCUUCUCAUCAUCAUCUGAGUCGGGAGCCACCACAACACUCGCCAUCUUGUGUCAUGAAAUUCCACAUGAAAUGGGAGACUUUGCUGUGCUCUUAAGCUCUGGACUUCCCAUUAAGAUUGCCAUCCUUAUGAAUUUUAUAAGCGCGCUAACUGCCUUCAUAGGACUAUACGUUGGUCUCUCCGUAUCAGCUGAUCCAUGUGUGCAGAACUGGAUCUUAACAGUUACUGCGGGGAUGUUCUUAUAUUUAUCCUUGGUGGAAAUGCUUCCUGAAAUGACUCAUGUUCAAACACGGCGACCCUGGUUGAUGUUUCUCCUGCAGAACUUUGGACUGACCCUAGGUUGGCUUUCUCUCUUACUGUUGGCUAUAUAUGAACAAAAUAUUAAAAUAUAA